AUGCCUAAGAGCAGCAACGUAACUCAACGAGAACAGAGCAAUGAGCCUGUCACAGAAUCAGUGGCUGAUCUACUGGCUCUGGAGGAACCUGUGGACUAUAGACACAGUGUCUUAAAUGUGGCUUCAGAAAACUGGAACAAACAGCAAGUUGGGGAAGAAGCAGACGAUGACAGGCCAGCAUGGAACAACAAGCUACAAUACAUUUUGGCUCAAAUAGGCUACUCUGUGGGCCUGGGGAAUGUGUGGCGGUUUCCAUAUUUGUGCCAAAAGAAUGGUGGAGGUGCUUAUCUAGUCCCCUAUUUCAUCCUGCUCAUCCUUAUUGGACUCCCUCUCUUUUUCCUGGAACUGGCCGUAGGGCAGAGAAUCCGCCGGGGCAGCAUAGGAGUGUGGAAUUAUGUUUGCCCUCGAUUAGGUGGCAUUGGAUUUGCCAGCCUCUUAGUCUGUUUGUUUGUUGGACUCUAUUACAAUGUGAUCAUUGGAUGGAGCAUCUUCUACUUUUUCAAAUCCUUCCAGUAUCCUUUACCUUGGAGUGAAUGUCCUAUUUUAAAAAAUGGCUCAGUGGCAAUCAUAGAACCGGAAUGUGACAAAAGCUCUGCAACUACUUUCUUCUGGUAUCGUGAUGCCCUGGACAUUUCCAACUCCAUUUCAGAGAGUGGUGGACUUAACUGGAGAAUGACUUUAUGCCUGCUGAUAGCUUGGAGCAUUGUAUGCUUAGCGAUGAUCAAAGGAAUCCAAUCCUCAGGAAAGGUGAUGUAUUUCAGCUCUCUCUUUCCAUAUGUGGUGUUGAUCUGCUUCCUGAUCCGGGGUUUGCUUUUGAGAGGGGCAGUAGAUGGGAUUCUACAUAUGUUCACUCCUAAGCUUGAUAAAAUGUUGGAUCUCCAAGUAUGGCGAGAAGCUGCCACUCAGGUCUUCUUUGCCCUUGGACUGGGUUUUGGUGGAGUUAUUGCCUUUUCCAGUUACAACAAGCAGGAUAAUAACUGCCACUUUGAUGCAGCCCUUGUCUCCUUUAUCAAUUUCUUCACUUCCAUCUUGGCCACAUUGGUUGUUUUUGCUGUGCUAGGCUUCAAAGCCAAUGUCAUGAAUGAAAAGUGUGUGGUUGAGAAUGCUGAGAAGGUCCUGGAUUAUCUGAACACAAAUGUCCUCAGCCAUGCCCUGAUACCACCCCAAGUGAACUUCUCCCAUCUCACAGCCAAGGAUUACACUGAAAUAUAUGCUGUGAUAAAGACAGUGAAGAAGGAUCAAUUUGAGAAGCUGGGAUUGGAUCCCUGCCUGCUGGAAGACGAGCUUAACAAGUCAGUGCAGGGAACUGGCCUCGCAUUCAUAGCUUUCACUGAAGCAAUGACCCACUUCCCAGCUUCUCCUUUCUGGUCAGUGAUGUUCUUCCUGAUGCUGAUAAACCUGGGUUUGGGGAGCAUGAUUGGGACCAUGGCUGGCAUCACCACACCUAUCAUUGACAUGUUCAAAGUGCGCAAAGAAGCAUUAACAGUUGGCUGUUGCAUUUUUGCUUUCUUCGUGGGUCUGAUCUUUGUGCAACGCUCAGGCAACUAUUUCGUCACCAUGUUUGAUGAUUAUUCUGCAACGCUGCCACUCACUCUUGUGGUAAUUCUGGAGAACAUUACGGUGGCUUGGAUUUAUGGCACCAAGAAAUUCAUGCAGGAAUUAACAGAUAUGCUGGGUUUCCGGCCUUCCUGCUAUUAUUUUUAUACAUGGAAGUACAUUUCACCCAUCUGUAUGGCUGGCCUGAUGACAGCCAGUAUAAUUCAGCUAGCAGUCAAUCCACCAGGUUAUAGUGCCUGGAUAAGAGAAGAGGCGGCGGAGAAAUUUCUCUACUACCCCAAAUGGGCAAUGGGCAUACUUGUGUCUCUGAUCAUCUUGGCCACCCUUCCUCUGCCUGUGAUCUUUGUCCUCCGCCAAUUCCAUUUGCUGUCAGAUGGUUCUAAUGCUCUGUCGGUCACAUACAAAAAGGGGCGUAUGAUGAAGGACAUAUCCAACUUAGAAGACAAUGAUGAGACCCGUUUCAUCUUGAGCAAAGUUCCUAGUGAAACCCCUUCUCCAAUGCCUGCACAUCGCUCUUACCUGGGCCCUGGGAGCACGUCCCCAAUGGAAAUGAGCAAUGUUGCCAAUGGACGCUACAGCAGUGGGUACCUCAUGGAUACCACUCCUGAAUCUGAACUGUGACCAUCAUCCAGUACCCUUCCCCUACUUCCUGGGUGAAAGAGAAGA